UUGUUAUAUAGUUAAAUGUACUUCGGCCGCGAAGAAGAAAGCCAAGGAAACAUUUCUGAUUGGUUAAUUGUGAGGUGCGUCAGCCAAGGCGAAGCGAAGUGGCCUUUGAAACAGAGGCAUUGGGAGUGGCUGUGGUUCGAGGUGCCGUGCGCGAGGAGUAGGUGCUGCUGCCCUCUGUGUUUUGUGCCCAGGAACAAGAUGACUGUCCUUCCUGCUCUGGCUUUAAUGUUCCUUCUGCUGGGAUUGGGUGAAGGGCUGGAGUCCGGAGAGCUGCGUCUGUCCAGCGGCCGACUGCCCAGCGAGGGCCGAGUGGAGGUUUACUACGAUGGAGAGUGGGGCACCGUGUGUGAUGAUGGUUGGGACCUCACUGAUGCUCACGUUGUCUGCCGCAGCCUCGGCUACCUCAAUGCCACGGAGGCUGUUGCCGGAGGCUUCUUCGGAUCAGGGUCAGGCCCAAUCCUGCUGGAUGAUGUGUCCUGUACUGGAACCGAGACGUCUCUUGCUGACUGCAAGACCAAAGGCUGGAAGAUCCACGACUGCCAACACUCAGAGGAUGCUGGCGUUCGAUGUGACCCCCGGCGGCUGGACCAGCUGUUUGGCUACAGACUAGACCUCACUUCAGAGUUCUACAAAUCUUUAGAAGAAUUAUACGAGAGUCACAGGGACUGUGACAUGAACAUCACAGUGAGCAGCCUGGAGGACGGCGGUGAAGAGGCGCGCUUCUGUGUUCACAGACUAAUCCUGUCACUGCACACAGAUGGAAAUCUGCUCAGCCAGAGUCAAGGCAGCUGCUUCAAUUUGUUGGUGUCUCAGGACUGUGUGCAGUAUGUUGAUGACAUCAUCAGGUAUUUUUACACAAAGACCAUCUCUGUCACUCUGUCUUCAGUGAAGUGCAUCCACAACAUAGCAUCGGACUACAGGAUCACUGCAGUACGUGAUUACUGUGAUCAGCUCUUCUACAAACUCAUGCCCCAGGACAGUUCAUUUCAGCAGCAGCUGGAGCUUUACAAGUAUGCAGUAAGAGUGAAGGACCCUGUGCUGCAGGAGAUCUGCCUGCAGUACUUCUCCUGGAACUGUGAGACCUUCAGCCAGACAGUGGCAUGGGAUGAGCUGUCAGUCACGGACUUGGCUGCCCUGCUCCAGCGUUCAGAUCUGGUCAUUGAGAGUGAAUUCACGCUGUUCCAGGCAGUGGAGUCCUGGAUCUCCCGCAGUGGGCAGACUGAUGCCAUUGGCCUGUUGAUGAAGGGCAUCCGCUUCCCAAUGAUGUCUCCCGAGGAGCUCAUCUCCUUGUCUUUCAACUCCAGCCUGUACCAGCAGUUUGAGAGCGUGUUCACGCAGGGGGUGCUGGAAGCUUUUGAGUUCCAUUCGGUCCGUCCACAGGUGCUGAAAUACUUCAAGGAUUUGAACACCCCUGACUUCCAGCCACGCAUCUACACCUCCAAACAAUGGAGCAGGACCCUGGCCAUCCCCGGCCUCAGGGACUCUGCCUACCAGCGCACUGGUCUGUACGGACCCACGCCCUCAUACUACAACAGGCAACAGAAGUAUUAUGGCCACUACAACUCCUACUACUACUCCUCCCCACGCGUCUCCUUUCGGACCAAGCAACACAUGAGCCAGCUGUUCAGCUCCAGCACGCUCCAAUGGACCGCCUACUACCACAGCACAGCACAGCAUUGCCGCAACAGCUACGUGUCAUGUCCGUACGAUACCUACCCUGUGGCAGUGCUGACCACGUACAACACCCCGGAAACCGUCACCUACCGCAACUCUCUGCUACUGCUCUGCAACAAUAGCACCGUCUCCUAUGUGCAGGAGAUGAAGAACUCAACAGCUGUGUUGCCCUCCCACAACAACACUGACUUUUCUCUCUUUGCCUGUGAUGACGGCAUUUCCACCCUCCAGUUUGUCGUCCGGCCCUUUUAUGUUUGACCCAUUCAGAAUUUGACCACCAACUGCCCAGUAGCAACAAUGUAAACCCACAUGUUUCCCCAGUCCUUCUGUCUCUCUGUCCAUUCCCAGUCCCUUGCCCUCUCUCUCCCCACCCCCAGUCCCUCCGGCUCUGUGUCCAUCCCCAGUCCCUUGCCCUCUCUCUCCCCACCCCCAGUCCCUCUGGCUCUGUGUCCAUCCCCAGUCCCUUGCCCUCUCUCUCCCCACCCCCAGUCCUUCUGGCUCUGUGUCCAUCCCCAGUCCCUUGCCCUCUCUCUCCCCACCCCCAGUCCCUCCGGCUCUGUGUCCAUCCCCAGUCCCUUGCCCUCUCUCUCCCCACCCCCAGUCCCUCCGUCUCUGUGUCCAUCCCCAGUCCCUUGCCCUCUCUCUCCCCACCCCCAGUCCCUCCGGCUCUGUGUCCAUCCCCAGUCCCUUGCCCUCUCUCUCCCCACCCCCAGUCCCUCCGGCUCUGUGUCCAUCCCCAGUCCCUUGCCCUCUCUCUCCCCACCCCCAGUCCCUCCGGCUCUGUGUCCAUCCCCAGUCCCUUGCCCUCUCUCUCCCCACCCCCAGUCCCUCCGGCUCUGUGUCCAUUCCCAGUCCCUUGCCCUCUCUCUCCCCACCCCCAGUCCCUUCGGCUCUGUGUCCAUCCCCAGUCCUUUGCCCUCUCUCUCCCCACCCCCAGUCCCUCUGGCUCUGUGUCCAUCCCCAGUCCCUUGCCCUCUCUCUCCCCACCCCCAGUCCUUCUGGCUCUGUGUCCAUCCCCAGUCCCUUGCCCUCUCUCUCCCCACCCCCAGUCCCUCUGGCUCUGUGUCCAUCCCCAGUCCCUUGCCCUCUCUCUCCCCACCCCCAGUCCCUCCGGCUCUGUGUCCAUCCCCAGUCCUUUGCCCUCUCUCUCCCCACCCCCAGUCCUUCUGUUUCUGUGUCCAUCCCCAGUCCCUUGCCCUCUCUCUCCCCACCCCCAGUCCCUCCGGCUCUGUGUCCAUCCCCAGUCCUUUGCCCUCUCUCUCCCCACCCCCAGUCCAUCCAUCUCUUGCCUCAUCCCCAGACUUGCCCUACUGCCUCUCUUCCUACCGCAGACCCUCUUCCUGUCUCCCCUCCGACUCUCUCCCCACCCCUAGUUUAUCCUUUCCUUAGUACUCCACACCAGUCUCUCAGUCUCUCUCCUCACCCCUCACUCUUCAUCCAUUUCUGUCUCAGAGGACAGUCUGGGCCCCAGUGUGCACAGUCGACCAUGGACCUGCAUAAUUUAUCAGUCACUGAAGUGUGACAUGAAAGACAUAGGUCCUCCUGCCCACCACUUCCACGCCCAUCUGCAAUGAUCCCAUUCACCCAUAUUAACGCCGAUCCUAAUUAAUUAUCAAGGCUGUCUAAAUGCCUCUUAAUCUAGGUGACAGCCAUUGCCCUCCUCACCCACAGCCCUGGCAGUGAGUUCCUGAUACAAACCACUCUGCAAAACUCUACCUCUCAGGUCCCCUUUAAAUUUUCUUCAUUGAGGUCAAUGCCGUAUAAAGCCUCAGUAUUAUGUCCCUGCUUUAAUAUUCUAGUUCUCUCAAAAUGAAUGCUAACAUUGCAUUUGCCUUCCUCGCCACUGACUCAACUUGCAAGUUAACCUUCAGGGUGUUCUGCAGAAGGACUCACAGUCCCUUUGCACCUCAAGAGUUUUGAAUUUUCAACCCACUUUGAAAAUAGUCUUCCCAUUUAUUUCUUCUACCAAAAUACAUGACCACACACUUCCCGACACUAUUCCAUCUGCGACUUCUUUGCCCAUUCUCCUAAUCUGUCUAGGUCCCCCUGUGGCUUCCAUGUCUCCUCAACACUACCCGCCCCUCCACC